GCAUCGGUCAGUGCACAACGCUGCGUGGCGCUGCGUGUCAUGCGGCCUGCGAGGACGGCAGCUGCCCUGCUGGGCUGGGCCGUCCUCUCGCUGGUCGUUGUGGUGGCAAACAGCCCUGGGGGCGGCGCGGCCCGACCUGCGCAGCCGCUGGUGCUCACCCGGGAGGGCCGUCUACUCGGGGUGCGCACCUCGUUCGAGGGUCGGCCACUGCACGCUUUCUACGGCGUGCCGUACGCCCGACCGCCCUUGGGGCGCCUGCGGUUCCUGCCCCCGGUGCCCGUCACACCGUGGCGCCACGUGUGGAGCGCACGCCGCUUCAAGGGGCCCUGCAUGCAACGUCUCGAUGAGGUUCACUACCCUGUGCACUUGAAGAUGCUGCAGAACGCCUCCGAGGACUGCCUGUACCUCAACGUGUGGACGGCAGUCCCUGACCAGCAAAAGGUCACCUCCGGUGCUGUCUUGAAGCCUGUGGUGGUCAUCCUACACGGCGGGGUGUUCAGCUUCGGCAACACCGGUUCCCUCCUUUACGAUGGCUCGGCUCUGGCAGCGCUGGGCAAUGUGACCGUGGUUUCGAUGAACUUCCGACUCGGGGUGUUCGGUUUUCUGGACGCUAUGAACAGAGAGGCGCCGGGCAACGUGGGUCUCCUGGACCAACGCAUGGCUCUGCAAUGGGUGCGCCGCAAUAUUCAGUCCUUCGGUGGCCAUCCCGAAAAGGUGACCCUCUUGGGCCUGAGCUCGGGCGCCGCGUCGGGCGGGCUUCAUAUGACGGCGCCCCAAAGCCGGGGCCUCUUCCACGCCGCCAUCUUGGAAGGAGGAGGGCCCCUGUGCGAUGCGUUCGUCGAGCCGUCCCGCAGGAGCCUGGAGCGCGCUAACCACCUGGCUGGACUGCUCAGCUGCUCGCGAAUGGGCGCCAAGCUCGAGAAACUGCCGAGACAGGUUCUGGCCUGCCUGCGCAGCCGUCCGGCCGAAGACCUGCUGUGGGCGCAAGAGCGAGUCGCGUCCAGCUCUCUCAGCUCGUUCGUAGCAACGUACGGGAACUCGUUCCUUCCCAAAUCUCCGUGGAAGUCCAAGUACCUACCGGUGCCGCUGCUCAUCGGGACGUCGAGCAACGAGGGCAGCCCUUUCGUUGGACGCCGAUGCUUCGAGCAGCCGCCCAGGCUGAACAACCGGAGCGAGGCACUGAAGAUGGUGGGUGGCCUCCUCGAGACUUACAAUAUCCCGCUGCCCUCCGGCCGGCCACCCAUGGAGCCUUACCUGGAGAUAGCCAGCAGCAAAGGGGGAGCCCCGCAGCAGGGGGAGGAUCUCAGGCGGCUUGUCGCCGACAUUUUCGGUGACGCCGCGCUUCACUGUCCCUGCAGGCUCUUCGCGGAGUGGCAUGCCAAGGGUGGCCAGCCUGUGUUCGUGUACAAGUUCUGCUACGCGACCUCGUCACUGCACGUGCCCGAGUGGAUGGGCGUUCCGCACAGCUCCACCUUCUGGUACAUGAGCGGGGUCCCGCUGCGGAUGCCCGAGCGAUUCCACGAGGUCGACAGGGCGCUCAGCCGAGAGAUGGUGCGCGUCGUCGCGCGCUUUGCUGCGGAAAGGGUUCCAGGGGACUUCAUGGGCCAGCCGUGGGCGCCGAUGUCCAGCGGCUCCUCGCUUGCCAUGCACCUACACCCUCACGAGGCCGGCGUACGAAAAGACGAACGCUCAUCGUACUGCCAGUACUGGAAUUCUCGGUAUCUCUGAGCGUCCGGCAUCUGCCCCUCCAGUUUGGGCUAUUACCGCGCAGGCGCAGUCCGUCCGAGCAUUCGCAAGGCUGAAGAAACCUCGAAACCCGUGACCACGAGAACGCCGCUACACCGAGAGCUGUGACCCCGAGAUCCGUGGCUACUAGCACGAAGGCCUUCUGCAGAUGAACCGUAAAGGAGUGGAUGCGGGAUUUAAGGACAGCUGCGUGCGUGGGUGCUUGUGUGUCAGCGAAUCGGGCGCCACUCGGUGAACUUAGCAUGCGGAUCUCAGCUUAUCAGUUGCUAAGAAUUCGACGCAAUAGUGAGGAGCCCGCGAACUUCAAAAUGUCUUUCAUAAACAUUUACGCAAUCGUGCACUUCGUUUUGAUAGUGAGUAGAAAACACAUUUUGAUGCCUAUUCGCCCAACGUUGCCUAGUUUAUAACUGUUUUUGCCAUUGAGUUUUGACUGGCUUAAGAAUUUCAUACACGUAUUGGGGUAUUCUAUGCUUGCUGUGAUCUUUUUUAGUAUUUGUGACAUUGAACUCGACAUUGAACAUACCGCACUCGGACCUCCGCCAUUAGCACCGAAGCCUUUGUGGCCGAGUGCCACAUUCGCGUGGAUAACAAUUUUUCUCUCUUCAUAAUGCCAACAGUGCGUAAAACUUGUCAAACUCGCUAAGCGUUCAAAUUUUCAUGCUGGUGAGCAAGUUCGCACACAUCGUUGAAUAUUCUUCAUUAAACGGUUCGAUUUAA